CCUCUCUCUUUCCCCCCGCCGCCAAUGCUGAAAAAAAAAUUAUUAACUUAGUGUGGUAAUGCAAUCAGAUAUAUUGUUUCCUGUGCCUUCUGUUUAGAGGCUUGUACUAUCUAAAUACUCAUUUACUUUCUUGUACAUUUAAGCAACUGGUGUGCAACACUUAUUGUAGUUUAUGCUAUAACAAAACUGGUUUAUUUUCUGUGGGCAGCCUUUUUCUUAUUUUUAUGUGUGUGUGACUAGGGUUUCAGAUUUUAACUUGCCUUAAUAUGGUUUGGUUUUUAUCAUGAAUAGUGAUGGUGCAGCUGCAUUAGUCCUAGUGAGUGGAGAGAAGGCACUUCAACUUGGAUUGCAAGUAAUUGCAAAGAUUAAGGGCUAUGCUGAUGCAGCUCAAGCACCUGAAUUCUUUACAACUGCUCCAGCCCUUGUGAUACCAAAAGCUAUUUCAAAUGCUGGUUUAGAUGCUUCUCAGAUUGAUUACUAUGAAAUAAAUGAAGCGUUUUCUGUUGUAGCUCUAGCCAAUCAAAAGCUGCUUGGUCUUAAUCCUGUGAGUUUGGAGAAAACUAGAUAAUUUCUUUCAAGUUGAUUUACUCUUAAGUCUGAAAUGUAUGCUAUUUUAAAUGUGAUCACUCUUCCAUUUUCUGCAAUUUGUAUAGUC